GCUACUACAGAGCCAAAACAUAAACAAAAGAGGGUAACGGUAGAAACAGAAGAAAUUGUUAAACCUUUAUAAAGGAAAGGAAGACAAGUAAUAAAGGAGGAGAGAAUACGCAGUAAAAGAAAGUCGGUCGCAGUCAAAGAAGGUUACGAAGAGAAUCAAAGGCAUUUCUCAAAGAAAUCGGUAAAAGAACGAUGUCUUGCAUUUGCCUUCGCUAGAGGGAGACGCAUUAAAGGAAGAAUUGAAGAACAGAUUAGAAGUGAACAGUUACGGGAGAGCGAAUUAAGGUAAUAAGCAUGUCUUCAUUUCGCCUUCAUUCCGAGGAUUCCGAGUUCAACAAUCGAGUGGAUGCCCUCUUCAGCUCGCUCGCAACGGCCGCCACAGAGCAUGAACCUCGUGUGGCCAAACGACCCCACGAGGAGGACGAUAAUGACAGCGGAGACUCGAACAGGAGGGAUGGGGAGACCAGAAGACCCUUUGGCAAGAAUCUGCACCAGCGUGAUAAGGAGUCGUCCUCCAGCGAAGGUGAAUUCCAAAGGCCUUGUGAUGGUGGAUCGUCCAGGGAUGGGGAGUUUAGAAGACCCUACAGUAGGCCUCCGACUUGGCGAGGGAGAGGGAGAGGGCCUCUUAACAGCACGCCAGAUUAUGUGAAGAACCCCCAGAAGUGGACAAGAUACAGCAUGAAGGAUACAAAGGUACUGAGUGACCGAGAAAAUAAAGCAGAAGGUUUGCGGCUAUUUGACAAACUGAGGACGAGAAGGAUGGAAGGCGAAGCAGGAGAAGACGAAGGGGAUUACCAGCAAAAAGAAAUAGAGAAGAUUGUGUUCAAGAAGCCUGUUAAGGUUGAAGAUGAAGUAGGCAUAAAUGAGAAGGAGGAGUCCGACAUGUCUGCUGAUGCCUUGUUUGGGGGACCAAGGAAAGUGAAGAUGCCUGAGUAUGUUGUUGGCCAAACCAAACAGAAAAAUAAGCAUAAAAAGAAAACAGAUAAUGCAGAAGAUUCCAAGAAAGUUUCAUCUUCAGCAGAAAUAAAACUUGGGCAUUUGAUGUUCGAAGAAGAAGAUGAAUAGCAUUGGCUGCAGUUUCAUAUCUUGGAAAAAAAAAUAUGAUGCAGAACAGAAGGAAAAAGAUGUUGAUAAGAAGAUAGAAAAUUUUAUGGGAUUGGAGAAAAACCAUGUUGCUAAUGUAUGCUAACAUGGAUGGAGAUUAUAUUUUCAUGACUGUAUAAAACAAACAUACAAAGUGAUAUUAGCAUGGAAGAUCAUUUUAUAUCCCUUGAAUUAAUGCAAAUAGAAUACCAGGAAAAUGACAUAGGAAAACAAAGACAAACAUCUGGUUUUGAAGAUUCUUUGUAUAUAUUUUUGUAGGUAUAAGUAGCCUAUAUGUGCAUUUGUAUAUUGUGUUGAUGAGUGCUGAUUAGUAUGAACUAUUCUCUUGUAAUUCCUUUAAACAAAUAGGAACUAUAGUUCAAAAAUGUAUUAUACAAAUAUGAAAUUAUUUGAAAGAUGAAGCAAACUAUUGUCUCAUCUUUCAUUGAACUAAAUUUAGGGAUAGUGUUUUUUCUACCAUAUUAUCUAGGCAAGAUAGUGUUCUGCCAUUCAUCAAAUGGCAAUUGAAUUAAGAAGUUAUCAGAUGGGGAUUUUAUGACUUAAAAGAGGAACAAGUGUCAUGAUUUCAUAAAUAAAAGAUUAUUUAGCCCCAAUAUUGGAUCAGAGUUGCUCUGUGAUUGUGAAUUAUACCUAAUUUACAUGUAUAUUCCAUGGUAAUUAUGGUAUUUUUUUCAUAUUGUUUAUGAUAUAACAGGUCAGAUCUCUAACUGUGAGAGGAAGAUUUAUUUCAUUUUCAUAUGACAACAUAUUUUACAGUGUAUAUAUAUAUGUGUGUGUG